UAGCAGCCCCUCUCCUAGGGGGUGAAAAGAAGGCAACCCCCCCCCAAAAAUAUAUAUAUCUACAAGAUCAGCCUGCAACUUUUACAGAGACCACCAACAGGAACCCAAACUCAAAAUUCAAUCUGCUUCUUCAAGUUCUUCGUCCUGGUACCUUCUGGGAAGUAUGGAUUGGCAACUUUGGGGACUGGCUUUCUAUCUCCACGUGGCUUUCUCAGCUUCUUGGGACUGUGUUUCUCGGUGUUGCCUGUGUGUUCUUCACAACCAGGAUGGAGAGAGGCCCAUCAACCCUCUACGCUGUUCUUUGGAGUGUCAAAAUCCCUCCGUGUCCAGCGGGGAGUGGCAGAGAUGCGAGAGGAUCCUCUCGCUCUUAACCUCCUUUCCGAUGGAGGAGGAGGAGGAGGAGGCUGGCAGAUCCCAGCAUGUCCUCACCAAGGGAGAUGCCAGCCAACCCUACGGGGGCUUCUUCCAGAAGAUGGCGGAGAGGGCAGGGCCAGAUCCAGAGGCCGAAGAAGUCAACCCAGAGAUGCUGGAAAUUCAGGAUCUGGUCUCCCACCGAGAGGAGGAGGAGGAGGAACCCGAUCUGGCGUCUCUCAAGGAAGAGCGGAAACGUUACGGAGGCUUCCUCCGCAAAUUCCCCAAGAGGGGCUCCAGGGUGGCGGGUACUUCCAAGGAAGAGGCGGAUGGGGGCGUCCAGGAGGACCUUCACAAACGUUACGGGGGCUUCAUGCGCAGGAUCCGUCCCAAACUCAAGUGGGACAAGCAGAAACGUUACGGAGGGUUCCUGCGCCGGCAGUUCAAGGUGACCACGAGGUCUGAGGAAGGGCCCAAGGCCGCCUCCGAGGAGGUUGCUGACCUAUAGAGGCCCCGGCGAUGGCAGAUGAAACCCUUCUCCAGCCCCACCCCUUCCCGCAAUCUUGAGGGUCACGGAGAACCCCCUAAACCCCUGACCCUAGCUUUCCCCUUCCUUGUGCCCACCAAGCCAUGCAGAGAAUGUCCGUAAAACUGACCAGGAAGGAAACGGGUGGAGGCAAGGGUGAA